UCCGGAGCGGUUCUUUCACGCAGGCAGUGAGGGUUCGUGUGGCACGGUGGUUUGACGUGCAGACUGAUAUUUACUUUUCUCUUCUGAGUCAAAGUUUUUACGAUUUUCUGCCGCAGAACACCUACUCACAUUUAUUACUUAACUUUUUUUUGUUUUUUAACUAUUAUGGCUGGUAGCUCUGCCACGACAGUGUACGAUAUCUUUCAAAGCAUGGAAUACGGACCAACAUCAACUUCAAACACUUCGACCGCACAGGCUUGGUUGCACCAUCAUUCCUGUUCUCUUGGUUUCUUCAUUGAUGGAAAGUUUGUUCGUCCUGCAGACCGACAGACUCACUCCCUGACUAAUUCUAAAGGUGAAGAGGUAUGUCGUGUGCUCUGUGCUGUUGAGGAUGAUAUUUCUGAGUGUGCCACCUCUGCUGUUAAUGGCUACAGGACCUGGAGUGGUCUGUCUUGCAGCCAGAGGUCCAAAGUGAUGCUCAGGUUGGUGAGCGUUCUUGGGCAGCACUGUCAGUGUCUGGCCCAGCUGUGCGAGCUGUGUGAAUCGCCCUGCACUCCCUCCAGUCUGGUCAGGCUGUUGCAGUAUUACAGCAGCUGGGCUUAUCUUAGAGACACGCACAUCUCCAGUUGGACACCACUGGGUGUGGUGGCAGUAGUUGUCUCUGAUGACAGCUCUUUGUAUUCCCUUGUUGUCAAAGUGUUUCCAGCGCUGGCAAUGGGCAACUCUGUCAUCAUUGUUCCUGGUUGGAGCACUGCUCCUCCAGCUCUCCUGUUGGCUGAGCUUUUUGUGGAGGCGGGACUUCCUGCUGGAGUGCUUAACGUCAUAAUAGGAGGCGACAUGUCGCUGGGUGCCAAAGUCAUCCAGAACACUUCCAUUAGUUCUGUCGCCUACAGCGGUAACAAGCAGGAUGGAGUGAUGCUGUGUAAGGCCACGGCAGGGAUGGGGGUUUCAGUAGCUGUCUCUCCCUACAUCAGCGCAACAUGUGUCUUCAUCGUCUUUGAGUCUGCCGAUAUCGACAGCGCUGUGGAUGCAACCAUAGAGGCUGCUUUCAAGAAGAACAAAGAGGUCAACUGGGUGUUGUACGUGCAGGAGAGCGUGUUGGACAGCGUGGUGGCCCGCCUAAAGCUGCGAGUGGCGCGGAUAAAGUGUGUGCCUAUGCGUACUGAUGGAGACAGAGAGCUUGUGGAUGCUGUAGUACAGGAGGCUCAGCAGCAGGGGGCCAUGUUGAUUCAGUCCUGCGCUGACCCCACUUUGGGUACCCAGUACCCUCCCACAGUGCUCUGUGGGGUGGCGUCCUCCUCUCCAUGUGUGGUCACACCCUCUCCUGGACCUCUGCUUCCUCUCAUGACCUUUAGGAGCAACACAGAAGCAGUAACCUUGGCGAACCACACCCCUCAUGGCCAGGCAGCCUCCAUAUGGACUGAAGAUCUUACCCUGGCCCUGGAAAUGGCAAAGAGUCUGGAAGUGGGAUCAGUUUGGGUGAAUUCCCACUCCAUAGCCGACCCGUGCCUUCCUGUCUCUGGUCACAAAGACAGUGGAACAUGUACUGAUGGAGGACAGGAGGGCCUUUACCAGUUCCUGCGGCCCUCCAUUUCCUGCUGGUCUCCACUUCCUCGCUCUUUCCCUGCCUCUGUAGACUACACCAAGUUUGGAGUAGCAGUACCUUCAACUAUCAUUCCUAAAGGUUCACACCCUUCCAGCGUUCCUAAGUCCUACCUGCAGUUUAUCGCCGGUAAGCCAUGCAAGUCUGAGUCUGGCUGCAGUAUGGCAGUGCAAUCACCAGGAGGUGCUGGUGUCUUGGCAUACUGUCCUGAGGGAGGCCGGAAAGACAUCCGUAAUGCAGUGGAGGCUGCUGUCAAAGUCCAACCUGGCUGGAUGAAGAAGAGUCCAUCUGCACGUGCUCAGUCACUCUAUUCUCUGGCUAAGGGCCUGGAAGCAAAGAGACAGGACAUGGCCACAUCACUCAAUCUUCAGACUGGCCUCUCACUGGAAGAAGCGGAGAAGGAGGUGGAGCAUAGCAUUGCCAGGCUUACUGAUUGGGCAGCUUACUGUGACAAGAUCCACGGAGGAUCUCUGUCUCUCCCACAGUCUGGCUCCGCUCUUUCUCUUCCAGAAGCUCUGGGUGUUGUAGGCAUUGUUCUUCCUGACAAGAAGCCUAUCCUGUCUAUGGUAACACUCCUGGGCGCGGCCAUUGCUGCAGGCAAUGCUGUUGUUAUGGCCCCCAGUCAGAAGUGUCCGGUUCCAGCUUUGACAUUCAUCCAGGUUCUCCAGUCUUCAGAUCUGCCAGCAGGUUUGGUGAACAUUAUUACAGGAAGUAGAGAUCAGCUGACUGUUGCCCUUGCAACUCAUAAUGUCAUCAAGGCCAUCUGGUACUGGGGCAGUGCUGAGGGCUGUCAGUACCUCCAGUACACCUGUACCAAUCCUCUGAAAACCCUUUGGCUCUUCUGCCAAAAUGACGAUGAGGGGGAAGAUGGAGAGCAGGACUGGACUCACCCUAAUCCAUUAUUCUUGGAACACGUUUGGAGAAACGCCAUCCAGUGGAAGAGUGUCUGGAUUCCAACUGCAUAGAGAGAGAGAGAGAAACAUGAAGGUGACAGAGAAGGAGAUGAGGAACAUCCAGAACAGAACAGUUCUGGUUAUGUGUGUACUGAUACGUAAUGGAAUGGUUUAUUGUGAUACAGUAACUUUGACAGUCUACUACAUGAAACUGAAAAAUAAGCAAUAUGAACAAAAUUAAAUUGAAUUGACUGCUGUAUUGGCAACAUACAAAAGUUGUCAUGGAGUUGGAAGGAUGUACUUUCACCCUCAGUUCUGAUAAAUGUCAGUACCAGGGAAUCCCCCCCCCCCCCCCAACACACACACACACACAUUUUAUGAAAAGUAGUGAUUUAUACAUUGACAUACUCUCUUAAUGUAUUCAGUGCCUUUCAAAGGUCCUGUAAAACACUGUUCUGUGAUGGUUUAUUUGCCAUUUAAUUAAGGUUGUGAUUUGAAAUGUAAUUUCUGUUU